AUGUGUUCUCAUCAACGUUUAGGUAGGGCUGUCGUUUUUGCAGGCAUUGCAGAUAUAUUGGUGCGGCAGGGGGAUGAACGAACCGUGUGGGUGUGGUACGCAGCGCAUCCAAGCUCGAUGCUUUCAGUUGUUUCUGUCUCGGCAGAUAGUCGGGGAAUUGGAUGGCGGUUUCCAUUCCUUGAUAGCAAGGAAGGAUUUCGUAUUGAUGUGGAGAUAUCUCGCAGAGGCGUGAAACUGAACCAGAGCUCACAUACCGUGCCCAUUUCUGCGGCCGUUGCGCAAAUAAAGCUUCUGUCUUGUGUGGCGAGGGAUCCACCGCGUCUACAUAUUAGCUGUACGGAGGUCAUGGCUCUGGAGGAGCUGUUUUUGUCUUUGGAGAAGGGUUCGUGUGGCAUGCCUGCUGUGAUAGUGGCAAGGCUACAAACGAACAAAUUUAGUUACUUAUUGGGCCACCAUAAACGGCUCACUGGGCGCGUGUUGUCACUCCUUCGCACCGUGAGGAUGCUCUCACUGGAAGAACAUAAGGGGGAGGAUGGCAAACUGAGUGAUCUACAUGAACUAAGGAACCU